AUGAACGAGCCAAAACAACAACCUCCCCUCUCUUUGACAAGAGAGAACGUGCCCUUUGAAGCGCUCCCCAAACACGAGUCAAGACAAGAACCAACGUCGGCGAGAGCUAGUCGCACGAAACAACCUUUCUGGCUAGGGGGGGCAGCAGCUGCUGGUGCAGCACUGUUCACCCACCCGCUCGAUCUUGUCAAGGCUCGCUUGCAGCACAGCUCUGCUGGAUCAAGGGCCUCCAUGUUAUCUGCUUUGAGACAGAUAUGGACGGCCGAAGGGCCCCGUGGUGUGUACUCGGGGCUUAGUGCCGUACUUCUUCGACAACUUACGUAUUCGAGCGUUCGUCUAGGAGUGUAUGAGGAACUCAAGGCCCGAUACAGUCAGCCAUCCUUCAACGGGGAUGGCAGCGUCGCAAAACCGAGAAUGGGCCUGUAUAUUUUCCAUGCAGCAAUCGCAGGCGUCCUCGGCGGUAUCGCAGGGAAUCCCGCGGAUGUCGUCAAUCUUCGCAUGCAGACAGACGCCGCCUUACCACCUGCGCAAAGACGUGGCUAUGCAAGCGUUUUCCAUGGCAUGGCUUCAAUUGCAAGAGAAGAAGGUCUUUCUGGCAUGUUCAGGGGUCUUGGGCCCAACAUUAGUCGUGCGGCACUCAUGACAGCUUCCCAGAUCGGCUCAUACGACAUCUUCAAAGCUGCCUGCCUUGAGCAUCUCAGCAUGACGGAUGGAACAGGGACUCAUUUGAUUGCUUCUACCAUGGCAGGACUCACGGCAACCACAGUAUGCUCUCCCGUGGAUGUCAUCAAGACACGGGUAAUGACCUCGACCAAUCGCGCUUCCAUUGGAAGUGUCUUGACUCAAGCUUGGAGACAAGAGGGCUUCAGCUGGGCUUUUAAGGGAUGGACACCGAGCUUCAUGCGACUAGGUCCACAGACAGUUUUAACUAUGGUGUUCCUUGAACAGCUGAAGGCUUUGUAUAGAUAG